UAAUUGAUAGUGCGAAGUGCAAGCCGAACGGGCGCAGUCUUGGUUAUUUGUAGCGCAGCCUGCUUUUGCUCGAAAUUUUCUCGCAAUUUCAAUAGUAUUUUGAGCUCAAGGUUCUGCUGCGAUAAUGCCAGAGGACAACCUUCAAUUGUUUGUGAAAGGUUUGGAGGGUAAAAACAACGUGUAUCAGAUACACAAGGAUGCAAAGACGGAUGACCUUUUUAGAAAGAUCAAGGAGAAAUCAGGAAUCCCGGUGGAUGAACUUCGAUUGCUUUAUGGUCCAAAACAGUUAGAAACAGGCAAAUACUUAUCAGAUUACCACGUCGAAAAUAAUUCAACCCUCUAUCUGGUGUUGAGGCUCAAGGGUGGUAUGAUGGAUGAAAAUCAAAAACAACUGGAUGGUGAUGUUGAAUUGACCUAUGAACCAGAUAUGAUAACCUGGGAUGAUGAUCCAGAUAACCUCAGGGCUAAAAUGCCUUGUGGACAUGCUAUAGGUCCAGAGUCCUUGACAGCGUACUGCCGAAGUCUAUUGACUGCUGGUAAAUUCCAGUUCCACUGUCCGUAUCUUGGACCCAACAAUACCAGCUACUGUGGUAAGGAGUGGGACUACGUCGACGUUCGCCGUUUUGCAGUCCUCACCGAGGAGGAGAGGCGGGAAUUUGAGAAGAAGCUUUCAGAAAACUACCUCAGGAAGGCCAUUGGCAUACAGGAGUGUCCAAAGUGCAAGUCUUUUUGUGAAAGAAAAAGCAAGAAGGAUCGUUGUGUCAGAUGUCCUGUGUGCACCGUGAAAGAGAAGAAAGGCUUCGACUUCUGCUGGUUUUGUUUGCAUGAAUGGCAAGGCUCAGCGACAAAUGCAAAAUGUGGUAACACCGACUGCACUGGGCAUGACCCGCGUUUGAAAAUUCUCCAGGAAUGUCCGAAGAAAGAGAUCGUGGGUGUCGCUGGUUGUCCAUCCAGACGAGCUUGCAUCAAAUGCGGUUUGCUCAUUGAGCAUAUUCGCAACUGCAAGCACAUGAAAUGUCCGUGCGGCCAGGAGUUUUGUUUCAUUUGUUUGAAAUCAAAAGCAGCUGGGAAAUAUCCCUGCGGAUCCUUCAAUACCAAGUGCGAAGUCGCAGCUGUUCAAACGCAAAUCCCCGGUGCCGAUUAGGGGCUGAUCGAAGAAUCGCUUGCAAAAUGAUGAGGGAAAUAUUGGCUGCUCAGUGUGCCAAUGAUUGGCGAAACAUCAUUGGAUGAUAAUAAAGAAGUAUUGAUCAUUUUUGUUACAUACUUUACCCUACACUAUAAAGACUAAAUAAGAAAGUUUACACUUGUUAAUUUUUUUCUUUUGUCAGUACAAAGUUUAUGUUAUUAUCUUGCCGCGGUCUUGUUAAAGAAUUAAAUAAAUAUGCCUUCCUCGUGUUAAAUUCACAGCAUCAGAAUUUGGCCAUGUGUCUUUAAGAUGUAUUCAUCGAGACUUAAAAUAGUAUAUACUAUACUUGUAAGAUAGAGAAUAUUGAUUUGUGUUCUGUUAACAAGCCUUGCUAACCAUAUUCAUCGUUAUAUAUGUUAGAAUCGUAUAUGAAUCUACUUCAGCUGAGUGAGUUAACUAAAAAUAUUUUUAUGCUUCAGGUCAUCCUGAACAAAUCAAUAACAAUAAAAUUAAACAGAAUGCCUUUCCCAUGCAAUUUUAUAUAUCUGUCAUUGUACUAACAGUUUUUUCCAAAAGAUGACUUUGCAAUUGAAAUAAAUACACCUUUUCCAAUAUUUCUUUAUAUUUUCCUGGAAUAUUUUACAUGAAUUUGCAGUUAAGGAUUAACUUUAGAAUUUCAGCAGUUAUUCAAGAACCUGGUUAGUCCAAAUACUAUAUGUUCUCCCAGGAAUCUUCUCUGAUUCCGGCGUGGUAUUAUAUUUUUAAAAGUUUUGAACACCUAGACAACACUUUGUGUAAGGCUCUCGAUCUUAACAGACCAUAUAUACAGUAGGAGGCAAAAGUUUGAGUCCAGUGACUGUAUUUCAUUGUUUUA